UACAGCCAGUGGCCAAGCAGUAGUCUUCAGAACUCCCAGAGCUCACCAAGCAGACAACCUUAACAAAGACUAUUCGACCUCACUCUGACCUUCCUCCACCGAACAACCGCCACUAUGAGACUAAUCAUCAGAGAGGAUCCGCAGACCGCAUCCAAGUAUAUCGCUGAUUACAUCAUCGAGCGUAUCAAAGCCUUUGAACCCUCGCCAGAGAAGCCCUUCGUGCUGGGCCUUCCGACGGGCAGCAGCCCCGUGCAUGUAUACAAGUUCCUGGUCCAGCGAUACAAGGCCGGCGACAUCUCGUUCCGCGAUGUCGUUACCUUCAACAUGGACGAGUACGUCGGGAUCCCACGGGACCAUCCCGAGAGCUACCACAGCUUCAUGUACAAGCACUUCUUCUCCCACGUCGACGUCGAUCCAGCCAACAUCAAUAUCUUAAACGGAAACGCCCCCGAUCUGGAGGCCGAGUGCAUUGCGUACGAGGAGAAGAUCAAGAAGGCCGGUGGUAUUGAGCUCUUCCUUGGAGGCAUCGGCCCAGACGGACACAUUGCAUUCAACGAGCCUGGCUCGAGUCUGAAGUCUAGAACCCGGGUCAAGACCCUCGCCUACGACACCAUCAUUGCCAACUCGAGGUUCUUCAACAAUGACUUGACUCAGGUCCCUAGAAUGGCACUCACGGUGGGAGUGCAAACUGUAUUGGAUGCACGAGAGGUUGUCAUCAUUAUUACUGGCGCCCACAAAGCACUUGCUCUGCAAAAGUGCGUCGAGGCCGGAGUCAACCACAUGUGGACACUGUCAAGCCUCCAGCUGCACCCACACCCGAUGAUCGUCGUCGACGAGGACGCGACUCUAGAACUGCAGGUCAAGACGGUGAAGUACUUCAAGAGUAUUGAGAUGGUAGCCAAUGAGCUCGGCUUCCAGCAGAUGCUGCCGUGCGCCGCCAAACACGCCGCCAUUGUCGAGGAAAUCCACAGCCCGAAGAGCCCUGUGAGCCCUGUGGGCAAGCCUAACGGAGACGCUCUCAUGCCACCAAAGCCUGAGGUCGUUCGCGCCGUGACCCCCGAUCUUGUGCCCGAUCGGAUGGGCUCUCGCAUUCCCCCAGAGGCUACUACGAUGCUCCAAGGCAUUGAGAAUGAGGAUACGCCGUUCCUGCGAAUGGGUGCCAGGGUGGCCCCGCUAGGCGGUUAAAUCGGGCAGGUAGCAAACAACUGACAAAAAGCGUGCGGGGAAACAGACUGCAUAUGGUGUGGCCGUGUUUGCUGCAUUCUUGAGCCUCGGCUUGGCUCCCCAAUCUCUAUUGAUAUUUGUGUAGCGACUCCAGAAUGAGUUUGAUUUCAGGGACGGAGUUUGGAUCGGGCAUAACUAGGGGUCUUGCAUAACAAUCGCUUAACGACUUGAAAAAAGAAUUGACGAGACUGUCAAUUAUGGCUUUGCCAUAUGUAUAUAAGACUACCAGUCAAAUCGUGCAUGUAGUUGCACC